AUGGGGACCCAGUCUAGUACUGGAUCAAUACCUGAGGCGACACAAGUGGCUGGUACAGCGGAGGAAAGCGUCGAGGGUCUCGCUGUCCCACCCGCAACUGAGCAAAACGAAAGGGAUAAUUUGGAACGAGACACUGUACCUGACGACACACACUUCGAGGUUGCACAGGGCGUUAGAGAACCCAACGAGCAGCCAGUGUCGAGUUCAGUGGUUUUAUCGAAGCCUGUGGUUCUGUCUGGAAGUGUGCUAAAUUCUGAAAAUGUGACACAGUCUCAGUCUGGAUACGAGUGCGAAUCUUCUAGCGACGACAAUUCGGUGAACGCGGAGAAGGAGCGACCGAUCCGACCUAAGUGGAUGGUCUCCAAGUGUACUAAGAAGGUGGGACGAGUGAAAGUUACGGUUGCUUCUCGCAAGACGGCUCUAAAUACCAGUUUGAAACAAACUUCACUGAUGGUGCAAGCUGUAGGUUUGGGUUUGGAGCCAUCCGUCGGUUUCUUAGUGGAGGCCGUUCAAAGUGGCGUCACCUACAAACAUGCAGUCGCGCUUCGUGCACUGACGAUUCUUCAACAAAACAGAAAAGCGAAGACCACCGUGUUCGAGCGUCGUAACAAGCCCGAGACAAACCCCUAUACGUUAAGGACGGUGCUGCCUCUACGGAGAAUCGAAACCGGCGAAGCACAAGUCGCUCAGUUCCAAAACCGAUGGUACAGCGACCUUGAAACCAGAAUGCCACAGACAGGAGAACUGUGCAGACAGAGUGCAUUGAAAUGGGUGGAGAAGUAUGACGAUACUGCGUGGACUACCGACGACUCAAUUUGGACCGAAGGGGUGGCAAACAAAGCGACCCUCCUCGAUUUCCUGAAACAGGUCGAUGUUCUCGGGGAUACCUACGAUGCUACAGGGUUUUGCGGACAAACCCCACUUGAAAGCUCGAGCAUGGACCUCGGUAUGAAAGCAAUUAUACAGCGACACAGCGAAGAAGCCACGAUGUUCACAGUCCCCUCAGAGAUCCUUCGUUACCCGCGAUAUGAUACCAAGGCAAUUCAAGAUCACCCUGUUUGGAGCAAGCUUAAAAUGGCGGCGGCGAGUAUGGAUUUAUCGAGAGACUCAAGCGUCAAUUUGUUUUUCUUUGGAGUUAUCCAUUACGACUGGAAUCAUUGGUGCGCUGUUGGUGUAAACUUCAAGACGAGUGAAGUUGUUAUCUACGAUCCACAAAACACUGGCGAUAGAUUCGACGCAAUUAAAGGUUUUCUCAAGACGCAGGUGCUUCCACUUUUGCCGGCUCCGGAAUCGCCGAAGCGAUUUCGGUUUACACGAAUUGACCUGGCGCCCCAACUCGACGACUACAAUUGUGGAGUGUUUGUGCUCCUUUUCAUCGAGCUUCAGUUGUAUGGAGUGCAAGUGACUGGCUUGGAUAGUGAAAGUCGUAGCAGAGAGGCGAUGGAGUUUUUCCGCUACCGAUACCUGAGUCUUAUCUUAGCGUCAAUGUGA